AUGAAUUCAUUAAUUAGAAGAGUGGAAAAGAUUCAAAAAGAAUGUGUAGAUGCUAAAGAAAAGAAUAAAAAAUUGUUAAAUGAAGGUGAUGCAGAUGCCUUUACAUUGUUAAGAAGAAAGAUUGGUUUAGAUAUUAAAGGAAUUUAA